AUGGGAUCUUCUGUGGAGGUGAGAUACGUUCAGCCUGGUGACAGGGAGGAAUUGGCUCGUCUCUUCACGCUGUACUUGAACUUCUACAAGUCGUUGGAUAAAGUCCCCGCCACGCAGUUUGAUUUGAACUUCAAGAGGUUCCUGGACCCGAAGGAGCGAAUGUGGGCAGCUGUGGCAAUUGACACGUCCACUGGGAAGCACAUCGGUAUGGUGCAGUGGUUCCACCACACGAGCACCUGGGAACCGGAGGGCUGUAUCCUGUUGAACGAUCUGUACGUGGAUGAAGAUUCACGGCUGGGCGGUGUAGGGCGGGCAUUGAUGGAGUUUGUAUUUUCGGAAGGGGACAAGAUUGGUGUCGGGAAUGUGUAUUGGCACACGGAUACCUCUAACCACAGGGCACAAUUGCUGUACACGAAAGUCGGGUAUUUGUCUUCCCAGUGCAGGUACGUAAGAAACGGUUACUGA